AUGUUUCGGGACCCGACCGAGCCAGGCUCCGGCACCAGGAGGUUCUCCUCGGCGGUCUACAGCAGCAGGCUCGCUGGAGCGACGCGAACGUUCCGAGACCCGAUCAUCUCGCACGGUCUGGAGACGGCAGGCACAGCGGGCGGCCGCUCUUCCACGGGUAGGCGCGGAGGUUCCCGAUCCGAUAUGGACAGAAUGAUACCGGAGGGGGCUUCAGAUUCUUCACCCGCAACAACCGCCGGAGGGAACCAAACUUCCACCGCUAACAGCAGCAGCCGGCGCGCGAGUCUCUUCGAAUGGCUGGUGGCAAAGAAAGGCACAGGAGGAGGAGGGGAAUUUUCGCAGUACAUGUCGGCGGUCGAGUGCGGUAGUGACGAACAACAGGACGCCGUCCACAAUGAGGAGCAGGAUUUCGGGCGUGGUUUUAGCGACUAUGAGUCCUCUAUGGACAUGAACUCGUUGAGGAGGCAAGCAGCAGUGGUAGAAGUAUUAGCUGAAGAGGGAGCAACAACAACCAUCCCAUCGAUCGACAACAUCAGCAGUGACCCCCCCCUCACCGCAGAAGCCCUUGAGCACCAUACACGUACGCACAGCAGCGGUAAGAGCAACAGAAGCGAAGGUAGCGCCAGUGCCGCACUCAAUGGAAAUGAUACGAAGCAUAUAUUAGCAGCCUCGGCGGGACGCAGCCUACCCCGACCCAGGAGCACGAGCAAGAGCAGCCACACGGGAAGCGAUGACGAAGCGGGGGACGCGGUUCUCCCAGAGUUUCACCAGUCUCAUGACGAAGCCCAAGAAGAGCUUACCAUCGAUGAACCCACUACACCCGCCGCCGUGGACAUCAACGACAUCUACGCUGAUGACGUCACGGGCGGAGAGUCGCGCCGGGUCACGUUCUUGUCCGGAACGAUGGGGCUGACGGUGGACAUCAGCGACCCGAUGCAGCCACAGCCAUCCGACGAAUUUGACCGGGAACAUCGGCAACAACACACGAAACACGAUGACUACGACCAGUGGCCAGCGUCACCCUGCAGUGGAGUGAUCCUGGAUACGUCCCCCCGAUACGGCACCUUGCAGGCAUUUCGCAAGGAAAUGGCUUCCCGUGGCAUCAACGCGCAGAUGUUUCACACAGGAUGGAAGGGCAGCUUCCUACCGCCCCGUGAUAUUCGACUCUUUAUGACGGAUUCAAGAAAAGCGUCAGUGCUGUAUUGGAGGUACAAGACGGGACCGUUUGGUCGAGGGGCCGCCGCAGGGGCCAACCAAGGCCUCGGCGCAGAGGAUCGUAGAGUGAUCCCCCUGAGCUCAUUAGCCAAUAUUGGCCCCGCGGAGCUCUACCGACAAGGGCCCCCCAGCAGCAGGCGUAACCUCUUGUCGUGGCUCUCAAUCCCGUCGUCGCUCAGACGAGCAAGCGAGGACGCACCCGUCGGCUACGGGAAGAUCCAGAAAGACAAGGACUUGGACAGUGUCGACAAAGGCACUGCCGGGUUGGUCGAGGCCGUUCCCGUGCUAGCCCUGAGCUACUGGGUGGAGGGGGAACCGAGGUGGGUCGGAGACCAGCCGAAGCGCCUUCUCGUCAGGCCGGACAGCCUGGACUCCUUCCAGCGCCUCUCGCACGGUCUACGCCUGUGCUGUCUCCACUUCCACAACUACUCCUGCCCUCAAGAUCUCGAAGAUAUCCGAUGA